CCUAACUGAAAUAGUGCAUUUUAUACAGGUGUUCAAUAUUGUUUGAAGUUAAAAGAAAUGACCUAAAUAAAGUCAGACAUAAUACCAAAGUAUUGGAGGGUGAUUACUACACUAAUUUCCCUAUUUGAACAAAAAUAGGUCACUCUGCAAAGUAUGGGAGUUACACAAUGAUGGAUCUCCAUACUAACACCAUUGUGGACAUUCAGUUGGUCCAGAGCAACGAAGUUGGUGGUAGCACCCAUAUGGAGAAGGAGGGACUGAAGAGGAGUCUAGCCUUACUGGAGUCGCGUGGCGUCCACCUUGACUGCAUUGUCACUGAUCGUCAUCCUCAAGUACAGAAGUUCCUCAGGGAGAGAAACAUAACCCAUUACUACGAUGUCUGGCACUUUGCAAAAGGUAUUUCAAAUAAGCUGUUGGCAAUCAGUAUGCAGAAAGACGGUGAGAAACUCAAGAAGUGGAUGAAGAGCAUCAACAACCACAUAUACUGGACUGCAGCAGGCUCAACCUCCGGGCCAGAGAGAAUCGCAAAGUGGACCUCGAUCCUGAACCACGUUCGAGAUGUCAAUGUACAUGAAGAUCCUCUUUACCCCAAGUGCGAGCAUGCGAUCCGCCAGACGAGUGACCGGAGUAAAUGGCUUCAAGCAGGUUACGUUGAUGACAUCAUGGAUGUCAUUUUUGAGGAAGUCUUUCCCAACCCUACGCCAUACAGAGAGGCCCUGUUGGAGAUCCCUGUUCCAGAGCCCCUAACGGCACAGUAUGAGAAGCCUGACAAGGUAGUGGUCAUCAGCAGCCUCGUAUCAAGGUUCAAACGGGGGGACGUUUAA